AUGUACAUUUCAACUGGCUCAACUUCAUUUGUUUUCUUCGAUUUUUGGAACUUCGAAUACGCAAAUGAAUACCCUGCAGAAGAUUUUCUCCGCGAAGUUGCUGCUGGAGAAGUCCGGUAUCUCCGCUCCGUCAGCGCGCGACGCAAAGAUCUGCCCGAUUUUGAAAAGGACUUUCCCACCCUUUCUGCUGACAUUUCCGAAGCGCUUUUCCGACCCGACCGACAGCACUCACAGAUCCUGAGGAUCUCCCCAAAGAACCUGGAAAUCUGGCUGCACUACGACACUCUUGAUAAUUUUCUGACGCAAACUGUUGGUGAAAAAGAAGUGCUUCUCUUUCCUCCAAGCGAUGCGAAAAAUUUGUAUCUUGAUGGGGAUAAAUCCGAGUGUAUUGGACUCAUUUCGCAUUUGCAAGAAAAUCAAGUCUGUUUUCCGGAUCUGAAAAAAACAAAUGCUUAUCGGGAAGUUCUCAAGCCAGGAGAUGUUCUGUUUAUUCCUGCGCUUUGGUUUCAUUGUACAAAGGCCCUUAAUUUUUCCGUAUCUAUCAACACAUUCUUCAAAUCUCUUCCUGACAAGAUGUACGGCAAAGAUCUCUACGGGAACCGCGAUCCCCUGCCCGUCGAAGAUGCGUCAAAGCAUCUCCAAAAAGCUAUCGCUGCUUUAUCACAAUUACCACAGUCAUAUCAAAGUUUUUACCUUCACAAAUUGCUCUCACCUCACGCUGUAAGUAGUACCCUGACUUCUGAUUCUGAUAAUAAUAACUGCUCUUUUUCUAAAUGA